CAGCCUCAAGCAGCUACAGAAAAGAGUCCUGCCUGCUAGACAAAGCAUAUUCAAACUCAUUUGAGCCAGAGGAAAGAGUAGGGCAAAACUAUCUUCCACCUCCCCGGGUCAUCUGGACGCUACGUUUCUUGAUUGAAGCUGUUGUGGGAAGGAGCCGAGACAGUAACUGGACAAUGCCGCUCCCUGUUGGUUCCCACUCUCCUGCUUUGCAUGGAGAAAAAAAAAUUGGCCGAGCCCUUGUCUGGGGUUGGUUAUUGGGACUGGCAGUUUCAGUUUCAUUUUUCUCUUGUCAGAUUAAAGAAGUGAAAAAGAAAGAGGGGCAGAGCCCGAGAGCAGCCAUGGAAGACGAGAGCAAGUUCUGCCCAAACUGUAAACAAGAUGUGUCUGCUGCCAAUUUCUCUCUGCACGAGAUCCACUGCCGACGGUUCCUCACUGUCUGCCCAGACUGCAAAGAGGCUGUUGUUCAAAAGGAAAUGCGAGAGCAUCAGGCAAAUGCACACAAGCAAGUCAGGUGUAAGCUUUGUCACCAAAGCCUGCAGCAAUACCAGCUGGAGAACCAUGAGACCAUGGAAUGCAGCGAACGAGUUAUGAAAUGCAAGUUCUGCGAGCUAGAAAUGCCCUCUGCUAAGCUGCAGGAGCACCUCGAUUCCUGCGGUAGUCGAACUGAGAAGUGUUUCGGCUGUAACAAAUACAUCAUGUACAAGGACCUGGACCAGCACAAAGACAUCUGUCGUAGUGGUGAUGGGCUCUCAAAUCAUGGUCUCAGCGACAAACUUUGUCAGCAGUGCAAUAAGUCAUUCCCAGAUGACCAGUUCUUCCAGCAUCUGAGCCAGUGCAGUCCACUCGCUAAACUGGUGGGGAGUCUCGCCAGCCGGUCAGCUACAAAUCCCAGCCCGCUUCUGCCACCCACUGCUGCUUUUCCAGCUACCACUUCAUCCCCCGUGAAUGCGGCCGCGUGGAGGGAUGUCCGUCCAAAAGGGAAGGACAAGGACUUGUCCUCUGCCUCCCGGACCUCACUCAAACCACUCAAGAACAAGAAGUCACCUGGCCAUCUGGCUUUCUCGACCACUCUGGAUCCGGUACUGCCUCAGGCCCUUGAAGACACAGGGAAUUAUGAUAUAUUGGUGACCUGUGCCCGUUGCAAUAUCCUCCUCCCACUGCCAACACUCAAGAAGCAUGAGAUCAAGUGCCUUCGUUCAGCUUCGUUGCAAAACGUCAGGAGGAAAUCAAAGUCAAGCCCUGAGAAACAAGAGGAGUCUUUCUAAGGCACUUCUGGGAAGAACUGGAAAUGAAUAUCGUCCACAAGUUCCAAGCUUCAGCUCCCCUUCAGUAAAGGCAUUGCAAGUGCACAGACAUUAACCUGCUUUAUCCCUAGAGAAUAAAAGUGACGUUUCCUAAAUGAGACAGAACAACGA